AUGUCCCGCAAUAAUUCCGUCUCAACAACUGAAACAUCGUGCAGCGGCUACACCUACCCCUCCGCCCUCUACCCACUCUCCACCACCUCAACGUCGACCACCCUGACUACGAUUUCCUCCACAACGUCCCGAGAGAACCGAGUCAUUUCCGACUUUAAUCCCACCCUCCUGCUCUACAUCCCCUCCCACGGGGGUCUGCGCGCCCGCAAGGCCAGCGCCGAGCUCACCAUCCAUGACGUAACCACGCAUCUGCCUGGCUACAACCAUCACACAAACUCGGUCCCCGACACCGUCACAAUGGCGCAGAUCAAGAGCGUUGUUGCUGCGCGCCGCUGGGAGUCCGGCGACGCCAGGGUGCCCACGCUCGUGUCGCGCCGCAACGGAAGCCUUUCAUCGCGCAGCACAGUGCUGGCACCUGGAGGCAUUGAGGCCGCAGAGUGGAAGGUACCGUGGGAUGUGAUGAAGCCCGCGAACAUCACGCUCAAGGGCAACGAGGAUCGGCGGGUGGAGGUGUGGUGCGGGCGCGAGGAUCGCAGGGCGCAGGUGUGGUCCGUGGGGCGGGAGAGGUUCGUGUGGCGCUGGCUGGAGAGCGGGGAGUUGGUGCUCGAGAAGGAGAGUGAGGAGAUGGGAAGCCAUCAGAUUGGCGCAUUCCUGUUUGCGCAUCACUCGAAGAAUUCGUCGUUUGGCCCGCUCAUGACCACCGGCGGUACGCUGAUCCUGGAUGAGCGCGGAUUGUCGCGGACGAUCGCGGUCACGAGCAUGCUGAUCCUCCUCAAGCGGGAGAGACAGCGACGCAGCAUUGGCGGGCGAACAUUCAGGGCCGAAACACCGAGGGCUCGGCGUGAGAGCGUCUAA